UCAUUUAUUUUUUGUUCAAGUUCAAUUGGCAUUCAACCAUACACUAAUACAGCCAAAUGAAACAGCGUUCUUCCAGGGCCAACACGCAAAACACAGUACCAACUGUAUACUGUACAGAAGAAAGAACAUAUUUGACACCAGUAAAAUAAAGUCACACUAAAAAAAUAUAGCCCAAGUCCCUGAGUGACAUGAUCUCUAAAUUAAUGGUUCAUGGGUGUUAACUGCUUCUUCUUGCUGAUCCCAGCAGUCUAUAGACAAAUGUACACAUGCACUCCAACUUGUCACUCCACCAGUCGAACACUGUAGGGCAGCACUGAUGGAAGAGGUCAGCCCCCAAUGCAGCAUAGACACUGCUCUACAUCACCUCCAGCUUCUUCUCUCCUGGACUGCUGCAACAGGCAAGCUCAUGGCUUAAGCCCUAGCCCUUGCUAUGACUGAGGCAAUGAAUGCAGCUUCCCCACCAUCUGGAAAUAGACUUGCAUUGUUUUACAUGAUCAAUGUUCAACAGGGUCUGUGAUUGCAAGUGAACUGUCCAAGACAAUCAUUUGCAGUUAGACGUCACACCACCUUUGUGCACCAAAUGCAAUGUCAUUCUGUGCAAGGCAGUAACAGUUCACACCCAAUCCCGCUCCAGUUCAAGGUUAAUGUCAUUCAAAAAUACAUGAAUACAGCCAAACAAAACAGCAUUAUUCCAGGGUGCAAAAUACGGUACCGACAGUCACACACAGCACAAGACACAUAAUGCUUACGUGAGAAUAAGCAUUUGGCACAGACUAGAAGGGCCGAGAUGGCCUGUUUCCAUGCUGUAAUUGUUAUAUGGUUAUAAAGGACAGCAAGCACAAAAGAGAUCAGUAAAACAUAGACCAAUGCCCUGAGUCAAUAAAUGUUGCAGCAGUCUGCAGUCAAAUACAAGUUUGUCUUCUGCCAGGCAAACACUGGGGGCAACACCAACUCCAGCUUGGAUACUGCACCACACCACCUCCAGUGGAGCACAUUGACUCUUGACUUUUCUUCUCCUGGGCAACUGUAAACAGACACUUGCUUGAGACCUAGUCCUUGCUAUGACUGAGGCCACACAGUUUUGCCACUGUUCACCCAUGUUGUCUGCCAAUAAAUCAGUGAAUCAGCCUUGAAGCAUUAACAUUGUCCAAAGGGUGUUGCAAUCACCAGAAAAGUGACUAAGACAAUCCCUCACUGUUAGGAUUGCCCACCACCCUCACACAGACUCCUCCAACACCUCUGAUGUAAGCACAGAUCAUGCUACUGCCAAGUCCAGUUCCUUCAGUUCCUCCGCCAAAGAGCAGCUCGCAGAUGGAGUACUCCUGCAAUACCCUAAGUUGUUAAUGUUCAACGUUGUCCUGUGAUCGUAAAGAGACAAAAUCGCCUUUGGUUAGCUCCCAAGUGGCUGCUGCGUCUGAACGCGCCACCAUCUUACUGGAAUUUUGCUCUUCCUGUGUAUCAUAAUUAACUCAAAGCAUAUUUUUAGUCGUACAUUCCUAAUCUAAUGCAAGCUAUUCAGUAUUAUCUUGGUUUGUCUUAAGUUUUUAUUUGAGUCCCUGAAGCAGGACAGCAGCAAACCGAGAACUGAAGAGGUAGCAGACCAGAGUGCUAUUGCGCAGGCGCCUUGGGGAGGCGCGGCUGCAGGCUGCGCCUGCGCGGUGAGUCAGUCGGCUGGAAUUUGAAGCACGACGCGGGCGGCGCGCGGCGGAGGUUCGCGUCUGGUCCGUUACCUUCGGCUCGUCGCCUCCCAGCAGCUAUGGCCGGGUGCGAGCCCGUCGAGGAGCUGCGAGAAGACGCCCUGGUCGAUUUCUUGGUGAGGAAUGGUGGCCGCGUGAAGAACAAGGAGCUAGUGCAGCGGUAUAAAGGGUUUAUCAAUGCCCCCGAUCCGCAGCAAAAAUCUAAAUAUCGUGAUAUCUUUAAAGAUAUUAUCAACAAGAUUGCAGUGGUAAAACAGGAAGAUGGUGAAAAAUAUAUUAUUCUUAAAAAGAAGUAUCAGCAUCUUAUGCAACCAAGUAGUAGCAACAGCUCAGAAGAGAAAGUCAUUUUGAAUACACCUGUGCAGGCAUCAUUUGAACAAAUACCGGAAAAGGUCCAACCUGUGAAUUUUGGGGAAGUAAAGCAACCAAGCUCUUUCUCUGAUGUUCAGCGUUCUAUGCAAAUAUCACAAAGUGAAGCAUCAGAAAUCAGGGAGCUUUCCAGUACUGUAUUUACCACACCAGCGAAGGUGAAUGCAUGUGAGUGGAUCGCAGAAGAUUUACAAACAUUACACACAAUACCUAAAUCUCCUUUGGAAGUAACUAGUGAUUGCCAGGGAAAUCCCAGACUUUGCUGCAGCGAAGCAGCUGAAGAAAAGCAAGAUGAAAAGUUAUAUGCUGCUUCUGAAAGUAAUGCAGAAAAUCCAAUGAAUAUUGAAAUAAAGGUAGAAGCAGCUCAGGAGGAAGAAUUUGACUCUGUGUUCAAGGAUGAUUUGGAACAAAACGGACUUGAGGAUGGCAGUGGAAGUAUGGGAUCACCUUCUGUUGCUUUGGAUCCUUUAGAGAAGGAAUGGCUGAAGUUUGCUGCCAUUGGACAUUUAACUGCUUUGUGUGAUCUUCUCAGGCAGGAUCCAUCUCUGGCAAUGAAAAAGACUGCUUUACACUGGGCAGCUAAACAUGGUAAAGAAAACAUGGCACGGAUGUUAAUAAAUGCAGGAGUGGAUAUUAAUCUCAGAGCUGCAAUAAAUUUAGACAAUAAGUUAAUCUGCAUGUGACAACAUUAAUACAGAUGCCUGGCUGCUGGCAACUAUUGGAGAAGGCUCUCCACAUCAAAGACCUCCUGUACGCCUCUCCACGUCACCAUCUGAAGAUCUGCCAACGAUAUCAUCGGCAAAUUUAUAGAUGGCAUUUGAGCUGUGCCUAACCACAUGGUUGUGAUUGUAAAGAGAUUAGAGCAGUAGGCUAACCACACAUCCUUAAGACACACCAGUGUUGAUUGUCAGCUAAGAGGAGAUGUUACUUCUGAUCUGCACUGUCUGUGGUCUCCAAAUGAGGAAGUCAAGAAUCCAGAUGUAGAGGAAGGGACAGAGUCCCAGAUUUUGCAACUUGUUGAUCAAUACUGAUGCUGUUGAUCACUGAGCUGUAAUCUAUAAACAGCAUCGUGUCAUAGGUACUUCUGUUGUCCUGGUGAUCCAAGGCCCAGGGGAGACACAGCAAGAUUGCAUCUGAUAUAGACCUAUUGUGUAGAUGGACAAAUUUUUAAACUUUUUUAUUUAUUGAGCUACAGCGCAGAAAGGGCCUUUCCGCCUUUCAAGUUACACCGCCAGCAAGCCCCUGAUUUAAUCCUAGUCUAAUCACGAGACAAUUUAAAAUGAUCAAUUAACUUACUGAACUGGUAUGUCUUUGGACUAUGGGAGGAAUCCUGGGCAUCCAGAGGAACCCCACUUGUCACAAGGAGAACUUACAAACUACGUGCAGUGGAGGGAAUUGAGCCUGGGUCACCUGUACUGUAAUGUUUUGUGCUAACCAUUACGCUAGCAUGCAGAAAGUCCAGGCCCUUUCUUAGGCAGGAGUUGAUUUUGUCAAUGACCAACCUGACAAAGCACUUCACCACAGUAGAUGUGAAUACAACUGGGCAAUAGUAGUUGAGGCAGUUCAUCCUGCUCUUCUUGGGAACUGGUAUGAUUGUUGCCCUUUUGAAGUAGGUGGUAACCUCUGACUGCAGCAGUGAGAGGUUGAAUCUGUCCUUGAACACUCCUGCCAGUUGGUUGACACAGGCUUUCAAUGCUCUAAUAAGUACAUCAUCAGGGCUUCACACCUUGCAAGGGUUCACCUUCAUGAAAGAUGUUCUGACAUUGGCCCCUGAGGUGGAGAUCACAAGUCACCAAAUACUGCAGGGAUUCGAACAGGUGUAGUUUUAUUCUCCUGCUCAAAGCAUGCGUAAAAGGCGUUGAGCUCAUCUGAGAGGGAGGCUGAUGUACAUCCAAUUUUGUCUUUAAUUUCAAUCAGAAUUGUCUUGUUUGGUCUUAAUAUAGCCUUCUUAGGUUACAUCUGGAUUUCUUGUGUAAUUCUGGAUCACCAGACUUAAAUGCUACAGAUCUAGUCCUCAGCAGUCUACAAAUCUCCAGGUUCAUCCACGACUUUUGGUUUGGGUAUGUUCGGUAUGUUCUCGAAGGCACACACUGAUCCACACACGUCUUGAUGAAAUCUGUGACAACUGUGGCGUAUUCAUUCAGAUUCGAAGAUAAAUCCCUGAAUAUUGUCCGGUCCACUAACUCAAAGCAGUCCUGUAAGUGCUCCUCCGCUCCCUUGAUCAUACCUUCUUGGUCCUCAUCAAUGGUGCCAUCGCUUUUAAGCCUCUAUCUUUCUGCCAGGAGUAAAAGUACAGCCUGGUGAUCUGACCUUCUGAAGUGCUGGUGUGGGAUGGCACAAUAAGCAUUCUUGAUAGUGAUAUACACAGUGGUCAAGUGUGUUUGCUCCUCUGGUUCUUCAGAUGAUAUAUUGGUGGCAGUUUUCAGAGACCUCUUCAAGCUGACCUGGUUGAAAUCCCAUGCAAUGAUAGGGAAGACAUCAGGUUGCGCUGUUUUGUGACUGCUGAUCACAGUACUCGGCUCCUCCAGUGGCAGAAAACUCCCACAACAGAUAAAAUGGACAGUACUUGACUGCCAGAUGUUCCAGGUCAGGUGAGCAAGACUGAGACAGAACUGUCAUGUCUACGCACCGUGGUAAGUUAAUCAUGAAACAUAUUCCACCUCCUCUGCCUUUUAAAAGAAUCAUCUGACCUGUCUUUAUGGUGAAUGAUGAAGCCCUCACCUGCAGCACUGUGUCCAAAAUGGCGGGGGUGAGCCAUGUUUCUUUGAAGCAAAGUGCACAGCAGUCCCUGAUGUCUCUCAGUAUUACUGCAGUCUUGCUCUGAGGGCUUAAAUUUUAUUUAAAUGCACCGGAGACAGUGCAUUUGCCAACAGGUUAGUCAAGAAUGGGGGGGAGGGUUUCUAAAAUCUCUGUGUUUCAAUUGUAAUCUGCAAACCAGUCUGCAUUUCUCGCUUCCUUUUUUCUUAAAGGGGAACAGCACUUGCGACCUGGGUCUGCUGAUUCUGAGGAUCAAUAGAUAAUCUUAAACAUCUUAAAACAAUGUUGUUUACUGCAAUACCCAUGGCAAUGGAUCUCAGCUGUUGUAGUCCUAAUCGGGGAUACUUGAAUAUUCCCAUUGGAGCUGUAUGCAAAGAGUCAUCACAUUGGCGCCAUCUUGUUAACAUAUAACUUUGUCGCAAUUGUGAUGGAUUGGAGUCACUGAAUGUGGCUUCAUAAGGCUGUAAACUAGUUUAUAAUGUAUUGUAUAAAAUUACAUAUUUACUCACACUGGUGUCCUUACAAUAAUUUGAAAUAUAUUUCAAAUUACAAUCCUACUUAACCUGUUUCAUUAAAAUAGCAUUACAAUAUAUUCCUUACAUGGCAUGAUUAUUUACAUUAUAUAUAAUUACACAAUUAUGUAAAUGAUUAAAAUGAAUGCCACAUGUUCUGAAGCACAAAUAAAUUAACUGAGAAAAGUUGUCACUUGUAGAACAUACAAUCAUGAACCGGCCUGUGCACUUGCAGACAGUAGAGAAUAGACUUGACACAGGAGCAUAAAGGCAGAAAUGGAAGUGGAAGAAGGUUAACCAAUGUACAAAGCUAAUUGUAGAGGUCAUUAUUGAGUGGGUAGCAUGUCAUAGUCUGGAUUAAUAUACAAGUCCUUUGGGCAUUGAGUAACAGUCCAUAUGACAGGCAGCUGGAGGAAGAGAAUGGACAAGGCAAAGAAUUCAUACUUGGCCAAUUAGGCAGGUGUGGAAAAAUGGUUGAGUGGAAAAAAAAUAAUUGGAGUUAAAACCAUGAUAAGCCUAUGUGAUAAGUGAUGAAAGUACCAUUUUAAAACAUUAUAUAGUAAUAUACACCACUAUGGAAUCAUCAAAAUGAUAGAAAAGCUGCUUAAUUUCAUUUGCAUUAAAUAUAAGUGCACACUUCCACAAAAAUUGUACCAGACUACAAUAAUGGUGCAUGGGAAAUGGCUUUGAUCACUUAAAAUUUUAUCUGUUGUAUCUCAUUGUUCCAAUAUGCUUAUACAAAAAUGUAAUAGCUGAUGUAUUGUUGUUUGAAAUAUUCUAGGGAAUAAAAUGAACCUACGAGUUAAUUUCAAGAAACAAUAGCUUAUGACACUGUUCCACAAUGUACAAUUAAAGUUGCUGAGAAUAAAAGAUAAAGUUAUUUCCUCAAAACAGUUUAUUAAAGUUCUUGUUCCCUGGCCAGGGAGGAGAAAAAUACAGCAUCAAAAUUUCAAUGAAACUUAGUGAAGGAUAUAUAAUACAUAGGAUAUUUGUAAAUACCAAGAAAUUGGAAAUAAGGAGUGAGCUAAAAGCUCAUUUUAUUUAAGAUAUAGAAAAGGAGUUUCCAUUUGGAAUGUUUGAAUAUUAAGAGUAUGAUUAGCUGUUAAUUUUUCCUUAAUUCCUCGAUUUUCUUUCUACCAAGUUAUGGCUGACUGUGUGGUUUGAAACACUGCCUUUUGCUUUAUGGCUGCUUUGCAUGUUUCAGUAAGGCAAACUUGAGUGCCGUAGUAUUCUCAGUAGUGUACUGAAGGAGGCUGAUUAGUUAGUUCAACUGUGGCCACUUUCAAAGGGGCAUUAACAGCUGACCCAGAUUGAACAACAUGUUGUAUAUUGAACUAUUGAAUAAGUGUAACAUACAGAUCUAAUUUUUUGACCUAGGAUAUCCAAACCUCCUUUUGUUGUUUCAAUUUACCAUGUACUGUAAAUUAUUAAUGAAGUUAAGUGUAUAACUUUUUGUUUCCUUUUUCACUGCUUUCUGCCAUCUGAUGGAUAAACAAAGCAUGUAAGUUCAUGUUGUUUAAUACUGUUGUUUUGAGCAACUAUGACCUGUUGAGUGAAAAGCAAAUUUGAGGAUUCAGCACAAAGGCAAAUAAAUAACCACUAGAUGUUUGAGUGCAACUUUUCAUAGUUUAGUUAAUUCCAAAUCUAAAUCUCUUAAACUUGUGUUAUUGAAAGAAGUACUUACAUAUUUCCUCACCAGUUAUCUCUGACAGUUUUAUCCUUCCCCUUGUUGAAAGUAUUGGCUCCUUAUUGACCAUGAUUUUAUUGCCAUGGUCCAUAUUUACAGUCUGCCCUCCUUAUCUGCGGAUUCUGCAAACGCAGAUUCAACCAUCCACAGAUCAGGAAAACCCGGAAGUUCUCUCCAGCACUCGAUCUUUGAACAUGUACAGAUUAUUUUUUUUUGUCAUUAUUCCCUAAACAAUACAGUAUAACAACUAUUUGCAUAGCAUUUACAUUGUAUUAGGUAUUGUAAGUGUUAUGUACCCCAUCACUAGGUCACUUACCAGCAAAGAUAGAGAGGUCUGUUGAAGUCUGAUGGUAUUAUUUUUAAAAGUCUUUAUUUAUAAAGGGGCACAAAAAUAAGAUUAAUACAAACAUUCAGAUAAUAUACAUCGUCACUACUCAAUCUAAAAGCGCGGGUCUAAUAAUAACCAUCAAUAAGAAACAGCUCGAUCGUUUGUCUAGGGGAUAAUAUAUUGUCCGAUGGAAAUAUAAAAGUCACUCAGUUCCUGCAGGCUUCAGCCUUUUGGGACCGCUGGGUUUUCACUUGUUGGAGAGAGAGAGAUUUGUGAGAAAAGAAACUUGCCCGGGUCUUUUAUGAAGCAAAUCCGUUGAAUCGGGGAAGUUUGUUCCCCGUUGUUAGUUCAAGAACAUUGGUUCUGUGGUACCUGCCACCGGCUCCCAAGCAAAGGGGAACCGAACGCACGUGGCUUCCUUCAAAUUGCUUCCCGCUACUACGGGAUCGUUAGCGUUUCUUCUGGUGCGUCUGAAGGGGUUGUUCCCCCAGACCCUCUUUUAUACCUCCUCACGGGGUCUCAGAUGUCAAUCGGGUUGGGAUGAUGUAAUCUCUCUCUCAACCAGCCCACUUUGCCCGAGGGCUUGCACGUAGCAUAGUCCCCAAUCCACAAACGUGGUCUCCAGGAGACAAUGGUCAAUGUCGCAUUAAUUUGCAUCACCGGGGAACGAGGCAUCCGGCACGUCUCUCUCCCAUUUCCUGGGUCUACUGACCCCCCCCCCCUCCAACUAGUGCUCUUGCGAUUCUCACAAAGGAGGGGGCUGCGGACAUAACAUAAGUAAUCUAGAGAUGACUCAGAAGUACAGGCAGUCCCCAGAUUAUGAAUGAAUUCCGUUCCUGAGUCCGUCUUUAAGUCGGAUUUGAAGAUGGAACAGGUACAUGCGGUAUUAUUUAGUGUCAGUUAGUCAAACGUUUUUCUUAGUAUAUAGACAAUAGACAAUAGUACAUAUUUUACCUUUCUAUGCAUAUAAAACACUUGAGAAACAUACGUAGUUCAAUAAUUAAACCACUGCGUUGCUUAGUAAUAGUUGUAGCUUUCAUCGAAGCAGGGCCUUUCACAUGCUCUAUUAAAGUUGUUCCGAUCGUUGACCGACUGUAGCCUAACACUUUUCCAAUGACCGAUAGUGUUUCACCUCUUUCCGAUCGCUUUAUUACUUCCACCUUAUUUUCAAUUGUGUUUGUGAUUAUUUUCAUGAAUAGAAACACUGUGGAUUCAGAGCUACAUCGCCGGGUCCUAAUGUCCACCGCACUGAGACAUGUUAAAUAAAGUACUGGGUUCUCCUUGGUCCUAAAGACCACCGCACUGAGACAGGUUAAAUAAGGGACUUGAGUAUCCACAUUUUUUGGUAUCUGGGGGGGUGGGGGGGGGUUCUCGGAACCAAUCCCCUGUGGAUAAGGAGGGCCGACUGUAUUAAUUUAACUUUCAUUUAAAAUGAUGUUUUUGGCAGUAUUGAAUGGAAAAACCUUGCUGACCACCUGUUUAUAUAAGGUCUACUUCUACAUGGAAUGAAGUGAUUAAUUUUGUUUUUGACUCUUCACAAAUCGAGGCCUUUGUAGCAUCCAACUGCAAUCUCUAUACUGCUUAGUUCUUAGUAUAGUUUUACUCCUGGCAGUGGUUGUUGUACUGAUUAUCAUUUACACAAAGGUAAUUACUUACCAAAUUAGGAAUUUAACAAGUGUGAAAUAUAAACUUGACUUUUAUUAUGUUAGUUUUCAAACCAAACAUUGAAUCAUCAUUUUGAUAUUCUUGAGUAAAGAUUGAUGUUGCACCAUAAGUCAAAAUUAAUAUCAAAAUUCAAAGUUGGCUGAAAUAUUUAAGUUCAAGCAAUUUUAUAUUUUAAGGAGACAAUUACAAUAUAAAAAGAAAGAUUUUGUGUUUUAAAAUCUUAUAGUGUUACAAUGCCACCAUUACAAAUUACAAUUUCCUGGUUACUGCCAGUUACUUUUAAUAUUUCUCCUCUGGUAAUGUUCUAGUCCAUUUUUUGAAGAAUGAAUAGACUUUAACAUCAGACUCCCUCAUCAUAAUCUAGUCAGAUGAAGAAGGGUCCUGUUUUCAGUCCUCAACAGUCACCACUUCAGUGCAACCUACUUGGGCACAGAGCCUCUUGCAAUAAAAUUGAUUUAAUUUGCCCCAAAAUACCCAUGAAAGCUUUUGUGUCUGAUUCUGCUUUGCACCCAGCUAUACUGACUUUAAAAGCUGCAGUAUAUAUGUAAUGAUUUGUAACAAAAGAUAUUUAAAGGUUAAUGUAAAUUUACAAUUUCAAAUCAUCUAUAAAUCAUAUUUUUUUAAAAACUUAAAAAUAAUUGGGGACAAUAUUUUUUGGAUUCUGCAACAGGCCCUGGUGCAAGGGUUGAUUUGGAACUCACAAAUAUAAUGCUGAAAUACAUCAAGUCUGAACCGCUGGACUCCAAGUGGCAAAGCUAAUUUGUCAGUUGUAACAUCAGUCAGUAAGUUUGAGACUUAAAUGCAGGUCCAUGAUUUGCUGCAGUUUGAACAGCUGAAUGCUGAUGGUUUUGUUUAGAGCCAUCAGACUUAAGCAGAGCAAUCUAGCCUUGUAUGGCGGUUUGACAUCAUGGACAGGUUUUAUUCUAGGUCCUCACUAUUCUACAUGAUUGUUUUUUUAAAUGGUGUUUUCUUGUUAAAAUCACUACAACUAGUUACUUUGAUUAUAGCAUGUGUACUAUUUCUUCACCAUCACUAGUCAGUAAUAUUUGAAAAAGAUUGAAGAUUAAGUGUAAAUGAGAACCAUCAGUACAGUAGGAAUUAUUCUGAUGGGUAUGAGGAAUGAGACUGGGGUGUGGGAGAGGAAAAUGAUUAAUUGUUGUUAAUUCAAUCCUUAAGUAAAUGGCUCCUUUUAUCAAACUUAUUUUUUUCUUCCCUGCUUUCGGUGACUGUCUCAUCAUCUGCUUCCACUACAGGGCGGGUACACUCCAUUGCACAUAGCAGCUCUCCAUUCCCACCUAGACAUCGUGGAUCUUCUAGUUCAUAACUAUGGAGCAAAAACAAACGUACGGGAUUAUAGUGGACGAUUUGCGUCUCACUAUCUAAAGGACAAUGAUGACUCUACUGAUGGCUCUAAUGUGUCUUCAAAUUUCCAGCAGUGUCGGGGAGAGCGGCGGAACCGGAAGCUUGCUGGACUCUUCCUGCCGAAGAGUCAUGGAAGCAGUAAAAAGAAUUGGAGUUCAGUAGAGAACUUGACAACUGAUGACAAAGAUAGUUCGAUAUUCCUAUCUGUACCGACGUCGUACAAAGCUGUUCGCAAGUUCUCCAGAUAGGACACUUAAAUAAGGAAGAAAUUGUAAUUUGGAUAAGUUACAGCCUUUUGUUUUAAGCAAGCUGCAAGCAUAUAGUUUUUAAGGGGAAUCUUCCUUACUUAUUAUUUUAAACCAUUUUAUAUAGUCUGUUCAUGUUUGGUUCUCUAUUUCCCAUUCCACUUACUGCAAGUCUAGGAAUGGAAAAUCCUUUCUUGACUUCAAGUGUCCAUGCAUAUGAAAAUCAUUGGGGUGGGGUUUGUUCAGGCUCUCUGCCUGGCUCUAAUGUUUCAUCUUUCAUUUGAGAUGUGCGUGUUCGGGCCUCAAUGUGGGUAAACAUGUGGGUUUUGGUGCCCAAGGAUAGUCAUCCAUGUAACAAAAUAAAAUCAGUAACAUCCCAACUAAUGUUGACGUGACGGUUGGAAGAGGCGAUAGGUGUUGACACCAUCCUUACAUAAUUCUGCUAUCCUCAUGAUUCCCAGUGGCUAGUAAUGGUUAUCUUUGAAUUUUGUGGUUUGGUUCCAUUGUGCAGAUUUCCAGUACCAACACACUGUUCAUUGCAUUUGUGCCACGUAUGAUCGGGGGUCACGAGGGAAGUACUAGAAAGAUACAAGUAUGCUUGGGAGAAUAUCUUUGAGUAAAAUCAGGGACUCUAGGAAGUGAAGCUAUCUGAAGUAAAACUAGGAAGAAAAAUCAAUAUAUUCCUGUUGUUGUACUCAAGAAAAUUUGUAACUCUAUAUACAGAGUUGUAGUUAAUCCAAAUCAAGAUUAAUAAACCGUAAAUGUCAACAGUAUGAUAAGAGGGUUCAAUUUGUAAGAUACCUAUUUAAUUAAGUGUAAUGUGUUUAAGCUUGUCUGAAAACAGACAUGAAGCAAUGUUGUAAAGACUAUUGCACCAGUUGCUCAUAAAAUAAAUUUGCCAGGAAAUUGAGAGAAACUGUCCUUUUGUAGGGCAUCUUAUAGUUUCCCUAAGCAGUUCUGCAAUAGCACAUGAUUUUAACUAAGUUUUACUUUUGUAUAGCUAUAAAUAUCAUCUAUGAUUUACACCUAUUACUUCAUGUUAAGCCUUGAGAUUCGGGUUUCCUAUGAUCUACAGUGCAAAGACCAGAUUCAUGCUGAUUCCAGUAUGAUUAACCUUUAUUAAGUCACUUGAACCUGUACAAUCUGUGCAGUAUGCCAGGCUGUUUAGUUACUUGGCUUCACUUCAGAAUAGGUUCUAAAAUCUUACUGCAGUAAUUCUACAUGAAGCUAUUUUUCAGUGGUAUAAAGUCAGAGAUCGUGUAACUGCAGCUUCAGAAUAAUGAGUAAGAAACCUUUUAGCACAACUCUGAUCUUCAAUUAUACAUUUCCCUAUAUGUAGUGUUUAAGUGUGUAUAAGGACUUGAAAUACAUCAAUUAUUUAUUUGUUAGCUAUGACCCAGUGCCACAAUAGUACGAUUGCAGUAUUAUUACAGGUUUACAAUAUUAACUACAAAGAGGGUAUUAAGAUCAAUGAGAAGUAUUGUUUGAAACAAUUAGUUACAUGUCCUGGAGAUUAAAAUACCUCUUAAACUUUUUAUUUCAUUGUAUUACACUGACCCAUGCUGACCAAAAUAAUCUUGAAGUUUAUGCCUGAAUUAUUUUGUCACUAAUAGACUGUAGUGUGUAGAUGUGCUGAGCUGGGUUGGUCUAAAGUUCAAAUAAGCUGCUAACAAGCAGCUGUUUUAUGGAAAAUACCCACAUAAAUUAAGUGCCAGAUGACUGAAGCAUUUUAGAUUCCCAUGGCUGUGUGUGAGUUGCAACUUUUGAGAUUUCAUGGGUUAAUAGGAAAAUCGCACAAUAUGUAGAGUUCAGAUUGUUAAGAACAACUUGAUUCAUAAAGUGCUAAGUAGCAAGCUCAGCACAACAAAAUAGUACUCUGAUUUUGCCAAAAUGUCUUCCAUGCAUUACAAAACAUGUAGAUUAAUUAGUUGUAAGUUAAUUCAAAAUAUGCCAGUUUUAAUGAAUUUAAAUUUCCUGAAACAGUGUCCUGAAUGUUGAGGCCUUUGUACAUGACAGUGUAAUAUAGAAAAAACAUUUCUACUUGAAAUGUUGAUAUCCCUCAGCAACUUCUCCAGCUCCUCUCACUUUUUUCAAAAUAAGAGUGUACCAUGGGCACUCACAUGGGCCCCAGCAAUUCCUGCCUUUUUGUCACUAUAUUGUCGAUUGCAUUGGUGCCGUUUCCUGCACUCAUGCUCUCUUUAGAAAUCUACUGACUCUUACUCUUGACUCUAUCUCUUCGCAUCCUGUCAUUCGUAAAAAUUCUAUUCCCUUCACUCAGUUUCUCGGUCUCCACCACACCAGUUCUCAGGAUGAGGCUUUCCAUUCGACAACAUCUGAGAUGUCAUUUUUUUCAAAGAAUGUGUUUUCCCCUUCCACCACCAUCAAUGCUGCUUUCGCCUGCAUCUCUUCCAUUUCUUUUACACCCAUCCUUCUGCCAUCAUAACAAGGAUAGAGUUCCCCCUGUUGUUGUCUUCCACACUAAGAGCAUCUGUAUCCAGCACAUCAUUUUCCAUAUUUUCCACCAUUUCCAACAGGAUCCUACCACAGAGCACAUCUUUCCUGCCUUCCCUUGCUCUAUGUGACUCAUGUCCACUCAUCCCACUUGACCCUACACCACCUCCCUCGCCAACACUCAGAACCGCAGAAGUCCUUCCAGGUCAGGCGCCACUUUACCUGUGAGUCUUUUGGGGUCAUCUGUUGUAUCAGGUGCACCCAGUCUGGCGGCCUCUACAUCGGCAACACCUGAUGUGGAUUUGUCAAGCACCUUUGCUCUGUCUGUCAUAAAAGGCAGGAUCUCCCAGUGGUCACCCAUUUCAUUUCAACUUUCCAUUCCCAUUCUGACAUGUCUUUCCAUGACUUAAUGCCGUGAUGAAGCCAUGCUCAGGUUAGAGGAGUAACGCCUCAUACUCUGUCUGGGUAGCCUCCAACCUGAUGAUAUGAACAUCAAUUUUUCCAACUUCCAGUCUUCCCAACUUCUUGCCUCUACUCUAUUUCUAUUCCCCAUUCUGGUACCCUCUCACCCCUUCUCACCACCCAUCACCUCCCUCUGGCUCCCAUCCUUCCCCUUCUUCCAUGGUCCAGUGUCCUCUCCUAUCAAAUUCAUACCUAUCCCCUUCCAGCUUUAACUUCUCCUACCUUCCCCCUAACUUGGUCUCAGCAAUCACUUGCCAGCUUGUACUCCUGCCUUUCCAGUCUUGAUGAAAAAUCUCAGACUGUGUGUGUGUGUCUCUAAAUCUCCAGCACCUUCAGAAUCCCUUGUAUUUCUGUUUCUACUUGGUAAUUUUCAGAAGACUUCCGUGAACAAACAACUAUCUGUUACAUUUUAUAAAGAAAAAAUCAAUUUCUUGGCAACAGCCAACUACUCAAGUCAAAGUGACAUCUUAAUUCAAAGAUAUUUGUGCUUUGGAAUCCUCAAGUGACCCUCGCUCUGGCUAAUCUAACCCUCAAGGUGGUUGGAUUAGCCAAACUAAAAAAUGUCUAAUUAAAAAUAAACAGCAGGUGGGAAAUGUAAAAGAGAAGUAAAAUCAUGCAUAUUGCUACGCACAUCUGACAGUACUCUGAAGGAGACAGGAUAUAACAAUUUGUGGGAAGUAAGGCUGGUCAGCUGCUGGCUCUAAAGUCUUUACUUAGUGCUGUUUUCUUUAAUGUUAAUAGCAGAGAUUUAUGGAAUUCUAUAUGGUCUCCAAAGACCUGAAAUGUGUACUCUAUUAUCAGUCUCAAAUCCUUUGGAAGACCUGGUAUAGAUUAAGCAGCUUACAUGAUGAUUUUAUCCAGAGUUUGAAGCUCAUUAUGCCUUUACUGGAUAAAUUAUGUGAUGUGAAAGGUCAGAAAUCUUUUUGUUCACAAAGUACAAGAAGCAGCAGCUUCGGUGGAUAAAGCCUUGAUAAUUCAGAACCUGAGGAAGAAUUUUUUUAGCCUGAGGUUGGUGAAUCUGUGAAAUCUAUUGCUGCAGAUGGCUGUGGAGACCAAGUUAUUGGGUAUACUUAAAGCAGAGGUUGAUAGGUUCUUGUUAAUCAGGGUGUCAAAGGUUACAAGGAGAAUAGGUUUGAGAGAUUAAUAAAUUAGCCGCAAUGGAAUGGUGAAGCAGGCUUGAUUGGCCAAAUGGCCUAAUUCUGUCCCAUGUCUUAUGGAGUUUUUUUCUGCAUACCUAUUAUAGAAAUUCUAAGUUAUUGCAGUUUUCAUUCCUCAGAAUAAAAAUGUUGAAGCAAUAGUGAAUACUGUAUAAUUCCACUAAAAUGUUGUAAGAGGAUGCAAAAGCAAUGCAGUGUUUUAAAGUAUGAAUGAUGGAACAAAAUAAUUAGACACAAUUUCCAAAGAUUGAAACGUAUAAAAUGAAGAGAGCCCAGGUGUCAAAUGAAAUGUGAUACAAAACUAUUUUACAGAAAUGUUACAAGACUGUACAUUCUCUGCCAGAGUUUAUUCAAGCAGGAAGCAAAUCAGUGCUUUAGAAUAGAUAUAAAUGUUCAAAUAAAGGAAUAAGGAAUACUGUAGUUAAAACACAUGACGUGAAUACCAUUGUUUAUCUCUCUCACAGAUUCUGUGAGAAAUUAAUUACUGAUGAACUAUUUCAAAUACAGUUUAAAUUAUCAUGUAAUGUAUAUGUCAUCAAAUCUGUAUUAAAUACAGAGUACCAUAUACAUCGGCGGAAGAAUACAUUGGGUUUCAUGUUUCCUUAAUAAAUGCAAAUGGAAAGUCCACAGUGAACAAGCAGUCUGCUUCUCCACAGAAAAUAAAUUUGCCUCAUUGACAGCACAUCUUUAAACAUGGUAUAUAGUUACCCAAUCUGUGUAAUUCUAAACUAUGAAUUCCAGUAUUGGAACAUGAUACAAUUGAAUACAAGAACUACUUUGUGGAUGACUGUUAAGAGCAGAUUGAAACUUGCAAAUUUCAGUGGUAGGUGAAUACUAGGAAAUGAUUGUCAGGAAUCACUCUGUGGUAAGUUGGUUGAAAACUGAGCUCUUGCAGCAGAGGAAGCCCAUCAACUCAUUGUGUCAGUACCAACUUUGGAAAUAUUCAGUUAGUCUCAUUCCCCUAUUUUCCUCAUUUUUCAGAUGUGUUUAUUAUUCUUAGAAAUUUAAUAAUGCAUCUGCUUCUAUCUUAAAGCAAUGUACAUAAAAGCCUAGCUACAUAAAAUUGUAUUUGGAUCAAGCAUUUACUUGAGAGCUUGUUGAAAAGAUAAUGGCUCUACUGUUCAAUCUAUGGUUACUGAAAUUUUUCUUUCUCAGCUUGUACUGUAUGUUGACUCCAAGCAGAGACAGAUGGAUGUUCAACAAGCUUUACAAGGCUGCACUUUUCUCUUUGGUUCAUCUGUAUUUUAUGUUGUUGCUCUGCAUUUUGUUUUUUAAACACAAUAGCUUACUAUAAUGUCCACAGAUAAUUGCUUGUAACUUGAUAUUUAUGUUGCCAAACUUAAAUAAAGUGACAGUUGCAUCUUCAAA